AUGAGCAUCAUGAGCUACAACGGCGCCGCCGUCAUCGCGAUGACGGGGAAGGAUUGCGUGGCGAUCGCGUCCGAUCUCAGGUUGGGCAUCAACCAAAACCAAACCGCGGCGGUGGAUUACUCCAAGUUGCACAAGAUCCACGAUCGGUUGUACUUGGGACUCACGGGAUUGAUCGCCGAUCAACUCACGCUGGCGCAAAAGUUAAAGUUUAAGCACGACAUGUAUGAACUUCGGGAGAACCGCGUGAUGUCGCCGAAGGUGUUCGGCGCGGUGGUGAGCGCGACGCUGUACGAGAAACGAUUCUCACCGUAUUACACCGAACCCGUGGUCGCCGGAUUAGAUGCAGAUGGUAAACCGUACAUCACGAGCAUGGAUUUGAUCGGUGCCGACGCCUCGACGGACGAUUUCGUCGUCGCGGGUGACAACGUCGAGUCGCUCUUCGGCGUGUGCGAGUCGUUUUACAAGCGCGACUUGGAUCCCGAGGCGUUGUUCGAGGUCAUCUCGCACUGCUUGACCUCGGGCGUGAACAGAGAUUGUUUGAGCGGUUGGGGUGGAGUCGUGACCGUCGUCACCAAGGGCAACGGGACGUUCACCAGGACGUUAAAGAGCAGAAUGGAUUAG